UGACUAAGUUUAUUAUUUAUUUGGAUUUCUUUAGCCAUGGAACAGUUUCAGAAAGUAUCCCAGAAAUCUGCUCUCCAUCCCAAACCAAACGGACUGACCUUGCAGUACGGUACAGCAGGGUUUCGCACCACUGCAAAUCAUUUGGACCACGUGAUGUUCCGCAUGGGUUUGUUGGCCACGCUGAGGUCCAAAAAAACCAAGUCCACCAUUGGUGUCAUGGUCACUGCCUCUCACAAUCCAGAAGAGGACAACGGUGUGAAGCUGAUUGACCCAAUGGGGGAGACGGUGACUCCAGCUUGGGAACGCUAUGCCACUGAGCUGGCUAAUGCAGACCAGGAAGAUUUGUGCAGUGUACUUGGUGAUAUCAUUGGGAAAGAAUCCAUCGACAUGAGCGAGGCAGCGAACAUCGUCACUGGCCGUGACACUAGGCCAAGCAGCGUGAACCUGUCCCGGGCCGUGUUGGAUGGGGUUUCCUGUUUACAAGGCCAUAGUCAUGACUACGGCCUGGUGACUACACCGCAGCUGCAUUACAUGGUUCUAUGUCGCAACACCUACGGUACCGCAACAAUACAAGGAUAUUAUGAGAAACUCUCCAAGGCUUUCAUUGAGCUCACAAAGAAUGCCCCGAAACGCACGAAUGAUCAGAAGAGGCUGCUGGUGGAUGGGGCCAAUGGGAUCGGAGCGUUAAAGAUACGAGAAAUAGAGGUGUUUCUCACUUCCGAGCUGCUGGUGGAGCUCUUUAAUGACGGCAGCAGCGGCAGACUUAAAUAUCUGUGUGGAGCUGAUUAUGUGAAAGUGCAGCAGAAACCUCCAAAAGGUAUGUGA